UCGUCGCCAGACUGCAGUGACUGCUGCCUGUGCUGGGCUGUGCACUGCAGUGUGGCUCAGACUGGACAGCUAACAGUGUCCGCGUCUCGCCACUGAACAAAUACCUCACAUUCAGGGGAACACAGCGGUUAGCCUUGUUCCUCACCCCUAACACUGUCCGCCGAGGGUGUUGACCAGCCCGUCAGAGCAUGUUCUCGUACGGAGGGAUCUCAGCACAUAUCAGUGCUAGCAGGCUAAAGGCAGAAGGAAUUGGUUCCUGUGAGCAAGCUGUCCACUUCCAAAACCAGGCCUUUGAGGACCUCAAGCGGGAGUGUCUGGAGGGGGGCUUCCUGUUUGAAGACCCCUGCUUCCCCGCUGAGCCGCCCUCACUGGGAUUCAAGGAGCUUGGACCCUACUCCUCCAAAACGCAUGGAGUGGAGUGGAUGAGACCUACGGAGCUAUGUGAUGAUCCUCAGUUCAUCAUGGGAGGAGCUACAAGGACAGAUAUCUGUCAGGGAGCUCUUGGUGAUUGCUGGCUUCUGGCUGCCAUUGCUUCUCUCACUCUGAAUGAAAAGAUCCUACACAGGGUUGUCCCUCAUGGACAGAGCUUCCAAGAGGACUAUGCAGGGAUUUUCCAUUUUCAGUUCUGGCAGUUCGGGGAGUGGGUGGACAUUGUGAUUGAUGAUCGGCUGCCAGUCAAAGAUGGAGAGCUAAUGUUUGUGCACUCCGCAGAGGGAAACGAGUUCUGGAGUGCUUUGAUAGAAAAGGCCUAUGCCAAACUGAAUGGCUCCUAUGAGGCUCUGUCAGGUGGCUCCACCACUGAGGGGUUUGAGGAUUUCACUGGAGGUGUGUCAGAGAUGUAUGAGCUCAACAAGGCUCCCAAAGAUCUCUACCGCAUCAUCUCUAAAGCCCUGGAGAGAGGCUCACUGCUAGGGUGCUCCAUUGAUAUCACCAGUAGAUUUGAUAUGGAGGCUGUAACUUUUAAGAAGCUGGUAAAGGGCCAUGCCUACUCAGUGACCGGCCUUAGCCAGGUGAAUUUCAGGGGUCAUACAGAGAGACUGAUUCGUAUACGUAAUCCUUGGGGUCAGGUGGAAUGGACAGGUGCCUGGAGUGACAACUCACCUGAAUGGGAUGAAAUAGAUCCAUCAGAGCGAGAAGAUAUGUGUCUGCAGAUGGAGGAUGGAGAGUUCUGGAUGUCCUUCAGUGAGUUUUUGCGGCAGUUCUCCAGACUGGAGAUUUGUAACUUGACUCCAGACGCCCUGAGCGAGGAUGCGAUGAGCCACUGGAAUACCACUGCGUUCCACGGAUCAUGGAGGAGGGGCAGCACAGCUGGAGGCUGCAGGAACCACCCCAAUACAUUCUGGAUCAACCCGCAGUAUAAGAUCACUCUGUUGGAGGAGGAUGAUGAUCCAGAGGAUGACGAGGUUGCCUGCAGUUUCCUUGUGGCUCUGAUGCAGAAGGACCGAAGACGCCAUCGGCGACACGGACAGGACAUGCACACCAUUGGUUUUGCCAUCUAUGAGAUUCCUGAUGAGUUCAGGGGUUGUCAGAACGUCCACUUGAAGAAGAACUUCUUCCUGACCCACUCAUCCUGCGCUCGCUCGGAAACUUUCAUCAACCUGAGGGAGGUGAGUACUCGACUGCGCCUGCCUCCUGGCGAGUACCUCAUUGUCCCCUCCACCUUCGAACCCAGCAAGGAGGCCGACUUCGUCCUGCGGGUCUUCACUGAGAAGCAGUCUGAGACAGAGGAGCUGGAUGAUGAUAUAUCUGCAGACUUGGAGGAAGAGGAGGAAAUCUCAGAAGAUGACAUAGAUGACUCCUUCAAGUCUAUGUUUGCUCAGCUCGCUGGAGAAGAUAUGGAGAUAUCUGUCCAUGAACUCAGGACCAUUCUGAAUAGAGUCGUGUUAAGACACAAAGACCUGAAGACAGAUGGCUUCAGCAUGGAGUCUUGCAGGACUAUGGUCAACCUCAUGGAUAAAGAUGGCAGUGCACACCUGGGCUUGGUGGAGUUUCAGAUCCUGUGGAACAAGAUCAGAAAAUGGCUGGUCAUCUACAGGCAAUUUGACCUUGAUAAAUCAGGGACCAUGAGCUCUUAUGAGAUGCGUCUUGCUGUUGAAUCAGCAGGAUUCAAGCUGAACAACAGACUGAACCAGAUCCUUGUUGCCAGAUAUGCUGAGAAUGAAUCCAUUGAUUUUGAUAACUUCAUCUGUUGCCUGGUUAAACUGGAGGCCAUGUUCAGAUCGUUCCAGCAGCUGGACAAGGAAGGGACAGGAGACGUUGAGAUGAACAUAACUGAAUGGUUGUAUAUUACCAUGUGUGGUUGAAGAGGACCACCAGUGAAGACAAUGCAACAUAAAAUGCCAGAGUUCUGCAAAAGUGCCUCACUGCUGAAGCCAUAAGCCUUGGAGCUGUGCUGUUUUUUUUUUUUACCGUACAAUCAUUGUAACCCGUAUAUAUACAAAAGCUGAACACUGCUGACAUUUUCAGAUAUACCGAGUUGCCGGUUAUUAGGCACACCUACAUAGUACCCACGCUCAUUGGCCAUUUUAUCAUAAACACCUACCGCUUUAUAGAUGCAGUUUCUGACAGUUCUCCCUCUGUUGCUACUUGUUUUGUCAGUCCUCCUCUACCCCAUCAUUUAGUGGAAACAGAUGACCACCACAUAUUGUUUGAGUGGUGAACUAUUCUCUGCACAGCAGUGAAACUGACAUGGUAGUGGCAUGUUCACAUGUGGAGCUGGGUUUUUUACACAUCAUUGCCAUUGUUGGGUUGAGAAUGGUCCACCAAUCAAAAAUGUCCAGUUAACCAUGGUCCUGUGGUCAGAGGGUGACCACUUAUGGAGAGCUAGAGGAUGACAAAUACAAAUUGUGCAUGAAAAAGAUCAGCUAUGGUUGCUAACACCAAGGUAUACCAACAAGUGUGUCUAAUAAAGUGGCCAGUAAGUGGACAUAGUGUUAAAAAACCCAGCAAUACCUGUACCAGCUCAACACACAUUAAUGUGCCACUAGCAUGUCAGCGUCACUACUAUAAAUUGUGCAGCAACAAAUGGACUAUAGUUAGUUUUGUACACCUACAAAGUGCUCCUCUAUGAUGGGUUUACCUGAUAAAAUGGACAAUGAUACAUGUACAUAACCUGGCAACUCAGUGUACAGUGCUUUACAAGGUACCCAGUCAUGUUUUGCGUUAGAGGUGGGAAGUUCCAGUCAUUGAAGUUCACUUCACUGUGUCAUACAUGCAAACCCUUGAGCAGUGGAAAAAAAUUUAGAAACCAACCUGUCUGUGGGUGGGCCAGGAGUCUUGGUCAUCCAGGGGAACGUUUUCAGACGGUAGUAUUAAUAAAUAAAAAAAAAUUUCCCACCAAAAUAAUUUACAGAGUGAAGUGUUAUUUUACUCUGGCUAAGUUUGUGACACAGUCUGCACACACACAUUGUGGCCACAUCACGGCAUAUUUUGCACUGUGGCUUCUCACAUACAGGGGGUCCCAAAGCCUAUAACUACUUUGAAAAUCUAGGAUUUUUUUUUAUUUAAUCCUGCCAAAAUCAGAAAAUUCUUGAAUUUUGAACCAAUUACUUAAAGGUAUGAAAAGAAGAAAUACUAAAGUUUCUGCACUAUUUUUAGAUCACUGUUCAAAUCUGGUAAAUUUGUGAACUUGACCAUACAAAGUCCUUUGUACGAAAAGGUCAGAUUUUAGUCAUUUUUUCUAUUAAAGUUCAUGUUCUGACAGCUCUGAACAUAUCUGAUCUACUCUUCAGAGAUGUUUGUCACUGUUCGAGAUCAGAGUCUGUGCCAGCUUGAGUGCACACUGUCAUUAUAGUAAAAGUGGUGACAAACACUAAAAUUCUGAAAUUCAUGCUAAAGAUUCAAAGAUUCUACUGUUCACUCAGAUUGUAUAUUAUUUGUGUUCUUUAAAUUUAUAAAAUUAGAGAAGAAUGCAAACUACAUGCAUUUUUUCUAGUGGUCUCUUUGGUCCCUACUGUACAUGGUAAAUGAUCUCUUACUACAUGCUUUUUGCAUGUCUAACUGCUUCAUCUACUGCUGUUGUUAAAGACAGUCUCACUAAAACACAUCCUAAAUUUGCACCCAGUUUUAAAGUGUGAAGGAAAAUCAACCCAAAACUAAUCACUGCAAGUUGCUGAAACUUUAGUAAAUCAAGGGUAAUAUGUAAUCACGCAAUUCAAGUGCAUUUCACCAUGCACACAGCCUACAAACUGCAUGCUCAGGCAUGUGCACCAGUUUUAAUACAUAACUGUAGGCAGAACAUGUCUGAGUUGUGCCUGAAACUGGUACAAAAAUCCUAGCACAUCAGAAAUAAGUCGAAAAUUUGAGACUCCCCCUUUCAACAAUUAGAGGCUAGUUUGCAUGUGUGCUUUACAGUGACAUGGACAUCAAGGCACCACUCACCUGCUCUACACUGACCAGUAAUCACAACAUGUUUGUUUCUUGCUGUCCCACAACUUUUUUUUUUUUUUUAUCAUGACUCAGAAGUGAUUUAAGCGUCUGGCUACACAGAAUGGAGGUCAUAUUUGACGUCUGGUUUGCCCGUGGUCUUAUUUUUGAGAGAGAACAGGCAUGGACUAAGUUUCUGUAGUGAAUGUCUAGUUUUGCACUUGACUUAUGAAGAGUCUGCUUCCAUGUUUUACGUAGAAGUGAGUCACAUUGAAAUACAGCGAACACUAUCAGAGCUGCCACUGUAAAGCCUGUUAGAUGUCAAAUACUUGGAAGACUGGAUAUAAAUAAACACUUCUCUAAUAAUUCACAGUUGUGGAUGAAUAAAGAACUAAAUCUACAGAACACAAA